CGAAAACAGGUGUUAAUAAGAAUAUGAUGAAGAAUCCUACAAGCUUUGAAUUGCAACUUUAGUCAUUUGAUAAAGUCUCAAAUCGUCGUCUUCCGGUACCGUCUCCGAACUACUUCCCUUCACAGGAGUCCCAUCCGGAUGCACUUUAACCACCCAUGGACCUUGCAACGGAAUCCUUUGAUAAUCACCGUAACUAUCGAAAAUUUUUACAUUUUCCGUCGUUGCUUCUUGGAUCUUAUUCGACGAUGGCCCGAAACUAAAGACGCAAUUAAUCUCAAAAUUAAUUGUCGAAGGAAAACUUGGACUCUGAAGACUGUUAAUAUGAAUUCGAGAAGAUCCCAUGGACCCAAACAAGCAACGAGGAAGUGCUGAGUGGAGUGCAGUCCAUGAAACUGUCAUGGAUGUGGAAUAUCAGGAAUUGGACAGGUUUGAACUUUGAGGACCUUAUCGCUAAUCUUCGAUAGCGGAGAUGGCACAAAUAGAAGAAAAAAGUUGCAAGAUAAAAAUCAACUUACUUUUUCGUCUCGCGUUAAAUAUUCCCACAUCGGAAUAGCCGAGGAAUUCCCCGAGGAAAUCACCGCACAGAAAAUUCCAAAAAGAAAAACUUUCGCACUUAACAUUAUUUUGGUUGGAACGUCAAAUAGAUUUCUAUCUUACCGACCACUUUUAAGAUAACCAACUUCAGAACGAUUUGUCAAAAUAAUCUGUCAACUUGACGAUGUGGUGUUUUCUUUAUGAAAGUUGUUUUUGCUUAAAUCUUAUAAAUGAAGUAAGAAGUGGCGUAAAUUUUAUUCGAUGGGUUUUUAAAAAUGGGUGAAAAUGUGAAGGUGAUUGUGAGAUGUCGUCCGAUGAACAAAAAGGAGAUUGAUUUGAAUUCGAAAUGUUGCGUAACGUUGAAAGAUUGCGUCGCGGAGAUUUGGGAUCCGGGGGAAGGAGCGGCGUUUCCGAAACGGUUCACUUUUGAUUCGGUUUAUAAUCAGGAGUCGUGUACGGAAACCGUUUACAAUGAAAUUUGUUAUCCUUUAGUAGAGAGUGUUUUAGAAGGCUACAACUGUACAAUAUUUGUUUACGGCCAAACCGGUUGCGGGAAAUCCUUCACAAUGGAAGGAAACAAAUGUCAAAGCGAAAAAGGAGUCAUCUCGCGUGCUUUCGAACACAUCUUCGAGGCAAUCUCCGUAACAACCGGCAUUAAAUACCUAGCUUUAGCCAGCUAUUUAGAAAUUUACAACGAACAAAUCCGCGAUUUGUUAUUACCGAGCGAUAAAUUAACCUCAACGCCUUCGUUAAAUUUAAAAGAAACCCCCAACGAAGGAGUCACAGUCCCGGGGUUAACCAUAAAAGCCGUCCACAACGUCGCCGAAUGCGAAGAUCUUUUAAACGUUGGUUCAAAAAACCGCAUCAUCGGAUCGACCUUAAUGAAUCAAUCGAGUUCGAGGUCCCACAGCAUCUUUAGUUUGAGCUUAGAACAAAUUUCGCGCGAAAAUAACAACGAGGAGAGUUGUAUUAGAAAAGGAAAGUUAAAUUUGGUCGAUUUAGCCGGAAGUGAGAGGCAAACUAAAACCGGCGCAACCGGGGACCGAUUAAAAGAAGCCACAAAAAUCAAUUUGUCAUUAAGCGCUUUAGGAAACGUCAUUUCGGCUUUAGUCGACGGAAAAGCUCGCCAUAUCCCGUAUCGAGACUCAAAAUUAACGAGACUAUUACAAGACUCUUUAGGCGGAAACACUCGAACCUUAAUGAUCGCGUGCAUUUCCCCAUCAGAUCGAGAUUACAUCGAAACCUUAUCAACAUUGCGAUACGCAAAUCGCGCCAAAAACAUCUCAAACAAACCAAAAGUAAACGAAGACCCAAAAGACACGAUUUUGAGGCAAUACCAAGAAGAAAUUCAAAGACUUAAAGAGAUAUUAGAAAAAAUCCCAAUUCAAAAUAACACACAAAACAACAUCGAUGUAAAAAAAGAAAUUUUAAUACAAAACUACGAAGAAGAAAUGGACCGAUUACGAAAUCUCCACAAAAACGAACAAAGCGAAAAAGAAAAUGUAUUAAAACAAAUCAAAACCAUCAAAGACGAGUACGAAAAAAACCUAAAAGAAUUAAACGAAAAAAAUUUUAUUAAAGUCACAUCGAAAGAGGAAAUAUUAAACCGGAUACAACAAUUAAAAUCGUCGAUGAUCGGGGGCGAAAAAAGCGACGAUAAAGAACUUUCAGAACGAAGAAAGCGAAAAAAAUUAAUUUCCGAGCGGCGAUUAAGCGCGAUCGCGCACGUUUUAGCCAAAAUUGAUAUGAACGAGGAUCGCGAAAUCCUACAAAAUCAAUACAAAGACAUCGCGCAAGAAUUAGACGUUAAAAGCGACGUUUUGAGGCGAUAUCGACACAAAGUGAGGAGCUUGGAGAAGGAGAUUAAGGAUAUUCAGAGCGAAUUCGAAGCGGAGCGAUCCGAUUAUUUAGAAACGAUUAGGAAGCAAGAGAAAAAUAUCAAGUUGUUGGCGCAAAUUUCGGAGAAAAUCGCGCUAACUCUCAAAAAGGAAUGCAAUUAUAGAAAUUUGGAGAAUAUUAAAGAGGAAGCCGUUUGGUUGGAGGAUGCGCAAAAAUUUAAACUACCCGAGUUAGUUGUUGAAAGAACUAAGUUACCACCAGCUGGAAGAUUUUCCAACAUACAAACAGCCCCAGCUCGACUUGAUUCAGGAGAAGACGAUCAAAACUUGCUCAAAAUAAAGAAACUUGAGAAAUGUAAUCCGGAAGAUUUAAUUGGAAAUUAUUUCCGUCCUAAACGUGCCACCGAAUUAUUAAACGAAUCGUCGCGAAUCGAUACGCAACGGGCGUUCGAUUUGUGGAGAGGUAAAACGAAACAGUAUGAAUUCGCAAAAUCGAAGCACCGCUCCACGGAGAGACUGAAUUUGAACGAAGAACAAUCAACGAGACCAGGGAAAAAUCACUUUUGGGUCACGGAAAGUGAUGUUAAAAAAAAACCGAUCCGAUUGGAUGCUUUGCCAAGGAUCAAUUUUAAUAAAAGUAGAGUAGUUAAAACUUUGGAUUUGUUGUGAUUAAUAUUAAUAAGAAGUUUUAAGAAGAUUUUAAACAUUGUUGUCGUUUGUGAUAGUU